AUGGAACUUCUCAAUGCUAUCAAACCUCGCUGGGGACUUUUGACGGUCACCCUGACGAGUACCAUUCUGGGUCAAAUCGCCAAUGCACUACCAAAUCAACGGCGCGAGGCGUUCGAUGCUAGCGAUCCAUUUGCUGUUAUUGAUGCUCAGAAUUGGGUAAAUCCAGACAACAUGACUUGGGCAGAUUGGAAAACUCCCCCAGGCACUGACUGGGCAAAUCCCUCCAUCAGAGGAUCAGUUCGAAAUUUCAACAUUGCUCUUGUUGUUGUUGACUAUUCCGACCUCGAUUUCGCUAUCACAUUACCAGUCCACUCGACAAUCUUCACCAAUCCGCAGCCUAGCACUCCAGCAAACUUGACUCGUGCUCAAGUUCCUACGUUCUACAGAGAUUUCUUGAAUGCUCCAAAUGCGCUGAAUAAAGGACAUACUUUACACGAAUAUUGGAUGGGAGAUUCCGGGGGUCGCUUCGGAGUUGAUCUCACUGCUUUUGGAGCCUACAGACUGCCAUCUUUGUCAUUCCAGUACGGUAUCGACAACAGCUUCAACGCCGGAGAAUGCCCAACAGGAUCAACAUGCAACCGAAAUAUCCGUACGGACGCGCUUGCAGCAUGGAGAGCUGAGAUUGGUGCCCCUGCCGCGGCCGCCUACGAGCUGGUGUUCAUCCUCAGUGCCGGCCAGGAUGAGAGUUCCACUUGGCAAGAGUUUGGUGAAAUGUUGUUCCAGUCCAAAGAAGAUAUCCCUGAUUCUUUCGGUCCACCUGUCGGAAAUGUUACACACCGAAAUUACGCAAAGACCAGAUACCAAGAUUGGUCGUCAUGGGCAGCGGCAGCCACUAUAUGGCCAAACGCUGGCGGUGGUUCCUCAACACAAGCUGAGAGUUCCGGGAUGGGCACUUACGCUCAUGAACUUAGCCAUCUGUUGAGCAUCGGAGACAAUUACAACAACCCAUACAGUGAUCCUCCUCGUCGAGCUUACACCGGUCCUUGGUCCAUGAUGAGCAGAGGAUCAUUCAAUGGUCCAGGAGGGCCACAUACAAGAUGGCAAAUUCCGCCUCAGGAGGGUGGCUCUAUGGGAUCUUACCAUACAGUGAGAGACAAGCUUCAACUUGGGCUCGCUCUCAACACGAGUGUCGUGAUUUUAUCCCGCGAAGCAUUGGCCGAUUCCGGUCUUGUUGUUGCUACGAUUCAAGCACGUUCUGUGGCUCCAGGAGCAGGUCAAUUGAUGGGAAUGAGAGUUAGACUGAGCUCUGAUCUUGCACCAGCGUGUGAUGUCAACACCGAUCCUUACUGCGACGGGCGUGGUUACAAUAACUACGAGCUCGAAGUCGUGGACCGUAUGGGAGCGGACUCCUUUCAACCAGACUCUGGAGUCAUGAUUAGUAAAUCCAAGAACAAUGGCAAUGCUGGACCUUUCCAGUGGACUAUCGACGCAAACCCACAAGACAUCAGAAUGCUCAACUUCUACCGCCCUAAUGGUACGGCGGAGUACAUCACUAUUGGAGAUUACCGACAAUUGGCUGAUGCCCUCUUCCACGCUGGUACACGCUCUGGUAGUGAGUAUGAAUACGUCGAUGUUGGCAACUCUCUCCAUUUCUACAUCAUCGACGUCCAGCGAGAUGCCAGAGGCGUACUUUCCUACACGACCGCUGUUCGCUCCCUCGGCGGCAAAGGGUCAAGCAUUCACGGUGUUUCUCUGACCCAAGGCCAAGCUACGACGGUGGAUGCAUCAAAAGGCAUGACAUGCACUUUCCAACUUGACAACACUGGUUCAUUCAUUGCGAGUCGUGGUCGAGCACAUCCCCAGAACGUUCGCGCAUACCUCAACUCGGAUGUUUACAGAUUGAACGCCACAGUCGAUGCUGCUGGAUGGACUGUUGUAGUACCAAAUGCUUUGUCCACUGCUGAGUUUGGAAAGGCAAAGACUGUUCAAGUUGCUGUGGCUGCUGAUGCUUCCGCGGCCCAGUUUGCGGUUGUCAAGUUGACUGCUGUGUCUGAGUCUGACCCAUCUAAGGUCGCGAUGAGUUUGUGCCGUGUCAGAAAGUGA